GACUCUGGAAUUCAAUAUUGGAGGUUGGGAAGUGGCCACGUACACGUCGUUCAGAGAAAACAUGAGAUCCAGCACGCUCUUUCUCGGAUUCAUCCUCCUGACGGGUGCAUUGAUUCACGCCUGUAGGCCGGACAAGGAGGGAUGUGAGUGCGACCUGUACUCAUACAAAUGUUGCGAUCGUUUGAAAUCAUUUGGAGUUGUUUGCGGCAAUGCAACAUUCUCCCAUGAAGAUCAGACCUUGACAUUCACCUUGGUGCACAACGACCAGGAAAUGUCGAAGGACACCUUAUCUGUUGACGCGCUGCAUGGCCGGCAUUGCAAAAAGGUGAGCGGAGCACGGGUUUGUGUUGACUUUUCUGAGAAGAAACUGGAGGGAAGGUUGUUGUACCUUUGCGUCGACAUUGAAGUCAAGGUUGCCUCCACAAUCAUUCAUACAAGCCACUUUUGUUUCACCGUGGGCGAGAAUUAGGGGGUCGAUUGAAGAAAAAUAUAUAACACUUUUGUACU